AUGGUGAGAAGUGCAACCGAGGCUUUCGAUGCUAUUGUUGAGGCCCAUGCCAUUCAAAAUCGGAGGGUUGUGGUCAUGAGCGCGCGGGUAAAGCAACCUGGACUUAACGCGGAAGUGGAAGCGAAGGGAGAGGAAGAAGUCGUGGAGGAGCAUGGUGGCAGUGGCCGUUGUGAUGUGUUCAUUGGACUGUAUCUAUAUCCCGGGUCUUCGACCGCGGCGGCACCUCCUCCGGCUAUUCCUCCGAGACAUCCUUCUCGGGGUAGUGUCGAAGAGGUGGGUAGAGAGGGAGGGAGCAGUGCGCCACCUGUGACUGUGACUGAGCGAUCGGGCCAAGAGGGUACGGGCGUGGGCAGGGAGAACAGAGAGGAUAGUGUGGAGAGUGAGUAUUUGAAAAAUGGGAGGGAGAAGGCGGAGUCGGCUAAGGAAUCGGAUGGGAGUGGGAGUGGCAGUGAAGAUGGUGAGAAUAGUCCUGGCGACGCUACUGGGCGAUCGAAGCCCGUGGGUGGUGUUUCAUCGGCCUCUUCACUGCCUCUUGGUAAGAAGCAACGUCCGGCGCGGUACCACGGGCGCACUAUCUCGGAGCCUACUGUCGAAUCAAAGACGCAGAGCGACAGCGAAGCAGUGAAUCCUGGACUCAGCGCUUUGGGUGCGAUGGGCAGACUGUCCAUCGGUCCUACUUUCGAUCCCAGGGCGCCACAUAAGCAACAGCCGACCCCUCCGCGUGUACAGACUGCAGGACCGCGUCAGAAGCGGCGGAAGACGAAGGGAGAGGAUGAGGAUCCUGAUGCUAUUAGGCCUGCGCCGCCGCUGUCACCAGAGGACAUGGACGCAUCGCCGUCUGCUUCACCUUCUGGCACUGGCGCUGCUUUCCCACUACAUACGCCAAGACAAUUGAGCGCCGAAAUCAGGAAACAAGGUGGUCUGACGGAAAACCCGGGAAUCAGUGUAGCGGCUGCGAUGAAGUCUCACCAGUCUCCCACGACGAUCUCACCGGGAACGGGAUCAAGGACUACGACUUCGUUGCAGCCGAGUCGAGCCUCGCCGUCUCCGCAGCAGCGACGGGGAUGGUUUCAGAGGACUUUCACCAGUGGGCGGCAUCAACAGGAGCAGCAGCAGCAGGGGCACCAGCAGGAUCUUAUGCGUAACUCGCUGGCUGUGCAUCAUACUCGGUUGACUCGGGCGCAGCGGCAGGCCCAGGCACAGACACAGACCCAGGAUCAGACGAGUAUGCAGUCGGGCCGGGAUUGGAGAGCGCAGCAGAGUGAGCUGAGACGGGAGUCUGGUGCUCCGGCUCGAGCCCGUACGCGAUCAGAAGGCCAGGCAUCGACGGAAUUGGAGGAACUGAGAGAGGACGUGGAGAGGAGAAGAUCGAUACGGUCUCCUGAACCCUCGCGCACCGGCAGCACUGCAAAGGACGGCAGUCAGGAUGGUGCUUCCGAGAUCGACAAGACGGGUAGCCGGGAAGAUGUUUCGCGGACGGCAUCGAAUGCGAGACCUGCACAGUGGGAAGGUAACCUAGCGGAGCAUUCGGCGAGAGGGCAUAUACUUGGUCCUGCUGUUGUAGCUCGGGAGCAGCGAGGAGGUCCACAGGGACGGAGACGGAGGCAGAGACAGCAGGGUGGGAUCUUGGGAGGGCUGAGGUCGAUGGGGGAGUCUGUUGCCUACGAUGAGUCCCGUCCGUUCGGGGUGGAGACGGAUGGUUACCGAGCUUUCGUUGGUUUGGCGAAUUACUAUCGCGGCGGUAUGUGA